AGUUAGUUCCAGAAUUAUUUUUGCUUUAAGCCUAUCUACAUUCAACUUGCUACAAUAUGCUGAAACGAAUUGCAGUAUGUGUGUGUAGCUCAGUGUUAGUUAUUAGCGUUGUUGUUCUAAUUCGCACUUUUACCUUCAAUGUAAAAAAUGACACUAUCAGUCCCUGUCAGCAAACAGAGAAACAUUUGAAGAUUGAUGUUGAAAAAAAUUCACAAAAAAUAGACAUUUUUCGCCAAGCCUUAAGAUUUAAGACCAUUUCUUGGAGUCCUGGUGUUUAUGAAACUGAAGAACUGACUAAGUUCCGUCUUUUCAUCGAGCAAACCUAUCCAACUGUCCACAAGUCACCUUUUGUGAAAUAUGAAGUUGUGGCUAAUUACAGCAUGCUGUAUACUGUUGAAGGAAGUGAUAAAAAACUCUUUCCCUAUUUGUUAACAUCACAUUUAGAUGUAGUUCCUGUGACAGAAAAAAACUGGAAAUUUGAUCCUUUUGCAGCUGAACUCCAUGAGGGUUACAUUUAUGGUAGGGGUGCUAUAGAUGUAAAAGGUAGUGUUAUGGGUAUCAUGGAAGCUUUGGAACAUGCUCUAAAAUCAGGUUUUAAACCCAAGAGAUCUUUCUUCAUUGCAUUUGGACAUGAUGAAGAGGUUACUGGCUAUGAUGGAGCAUAUCAUAUAGCUCAGACUCUUGAAAGUCGAGGUGUUCAGUUGGAAUAUCUAUUGGAUGAAGGCCUCUCAAUAGCCAAAGAUUUUUUUAAAGGUUUACAUCCAGUUGCCAUGAUUGGUGUUGCUGAAAAGGGUCAAGCAAUUGUGAAACUUUCUGUCAAUGGAACAGCUGGUCAUUCAUCAAUUCCUCAUGGUGAAUCUGUCAUUGGCAUUUUGUCUGGUGCUAUACACAGAAUUGAAUCAAAUCCACAACCUGAUUUGUUUGGUACUGGAGUAGAACGAGCUAUUUUUGAACAUCUUGCUCCUAAGUUGCCUUUCCUACCUCGUAUGUUUCUGUCCAAUCUUUGGUUAUUCAGACCUCUUGUGUCAUGGGUUUUGUCUCGCCAACCAACAACAAAUGCUCUUAUCAGGACUGUAAAUGCUGUAACCAGGUUUGAUGCUGGAAUUAAGGAUAAUGUGCUUUCUGAAUCAGCUGAAGCUGUAAUUGAUUACCGCAUCCAUCCUUCACAGACACUUGAACAGGUAUUUGAUUUUCAUCGCAAAAUUAUCAAUGAUGAUAGGGUGAAAACUACCCUUAAGAACUACAUAGCACCUUCUCUUACUUCACCUUAUGAUGAAGCUAGUUUUGGUUACCAUACAGUGAAAAACAGCAUCAGAGAAGUAUUCCCUGAUGUGCUAGUUGUGCCAGGAGUGACAAUCGGCAACACAGAUACUCACCACUAUAAACAUUUGACAAAAAGUAUCUAUCGAUUCAUCCCUGCAGUUUUAACUCCAGAGACUGCAAAUAUGGUUCAUGGAGAUAAUGAAAAGAUAUCAGUAAGGAAUUAUGAAAAAGUUGUCAAUUUUUAUCAUCAUGUAAUUUUGAAUUCAGAUCGUGAUAAAAUGAAUUUUAUUAACAAACAUGCUGAAUUAUAACAAAACAUUUAUUUUUGAAGCAUUUCUUUUUAAUAAACAACACAGAUUUUCUGAAAUAAUAA